CUUUCUUCUUCCUUCAUCAUCGCCUCCCCUCGCCAUCGAUUUCUCUGCUUCCAAAGGCACCCUACUAACCCGUCAGGACGCACAGUCCUAUAUUUUUCUCUAACAACGGACUUCUCUACGACUCAUCCGGCCUUGUUACAUCUAGUCUCUCGCCAUGACAUCCAUCAUCCAAAACUCAAGUCCAGUGGAUGUAGUCAAGGCUUUCAUUGCCUGUGUCAGGACGAAAGACGUGGAGCACAUGCGCAAGAUGAUGCAUCCGAAGGCGACUGCGUGUCUCAUCCGCGAGAACGAGCCACACUUUAAGCCCCUCGCUGAGGCUAUAGAUCCGCUUGCGAAAGCAGAACAGGAGCUUGUGGAAGUCAGUUGGGACGAAGUUGAGCACAUAGAUGGCGAAUACGCAACGGUGUGGGCAACUUGGAGUAUGCAUUGGGAUGGAGAGCUUCAUCAAUUGGGCUCGAGCUCAUACUCGUGUUGGAAAAGCCCUCUUUCGGGUUGGAUCAUCCUGACUAUGUCAGAUGUUGCAAGACCACCAAAUGAUACAGUUCGCGUGUAAUUCCCUUCAUGAACCGUGGGUCUAGGAUGCAUUGAAGCAUGCCUGAUCGUGUAAGGGCUUUGAAGGGUGCCAUUUCAUUCCAUCUCUUGACCCAUUGCUCGCAGACGCUUCCUCCCCACCUCUCAAUCUCCUUUAAUUAUAUAGGUAGCGCUCUAUCCCAGCCUGUCUCCUUUCCAGUCAGCGUAUAGCUCCCAACCUCUCUCGCGGCCUGUCGCUCAACGGCCCACACUCGUAUGGCCCUGAAGGAAAUCAUUAUCGUAGUAGCGUUCUCAUUUCUCUCUUUUUGUCGGUGUCGCAAUAGCCAGCUCUCUUUGAUGGCAGCGCAACUGUCGGCUCUCUUCAACGUAGUGCCAGUGAGCCUAAAGAUGGUCAGUGGAUCAAUCGGCCGACCCAGAAGUAGCUACUGACC